AUGGCUAAAACAAACCGGUAUAGUUCUCAACAAUCCAACGAACUUAAUGUUUGUAAGUUUCGACUAGCCUCGUUUGACCUCCUGACUGAUUUCCUUGAAAAACUCAACAAGGAAAAUAAAAAUAAACUCAACAGUUUAUCAAAAUGUUCCGGGAACUUCAGGCAUAGCAGCGUGAUGGAAUCCAUCUUAUUUAUGACCAAAGCACUGAGACUUGACCCACACGUUGGAUACCAUGCCAAUGAGUUACUUCAAAGUUUCAUGAUCAAACACCUAACCCAUCUGCUCACCACGCCCUCACUUCAGGGAGCAUCUGGCAUCCCGCCCAUAAGUUAUGAAGAUGCAGUUUUGGAUUUGGUCAAAGAGAAGUUCCCUUUCAUUAUUUUUUCCUGUGUACAACUCGCAAGCAAAAUGUCCUUGCACGUGAACAUUAUUGACAACAACACUGCUGUACACUUCCUCCAGUCAUUGGGCUUCACUGCUACAAAGAAAUAUCUCCUGGAUUCAGAGCUGAUGGUGCUUAAGGGGCUCGACUUUAAACUGGAAGUGGCUAACCCUCUGAUCUACGUUGAAAUACUUUUGGAAGUCCUUGGUUACAACAAGCCAUCCGUCCCCAUCGAGCAUAUCUAUGACCUGUGCCAGCAGGUGCUCCAGUUUGUCGUCUUGGAGAGAUUCACCAUCUAUGACUCCCUGUUAAUGGUGAUCACCAGAAGCCAGCAACCAACGACAGAGCAAAGAGAGAAGUUUGUAACCGUGACUGAGGACUGGAUGCUUCUGGGUGUUGCUGUCAUUGCCGCGGCUUUAUACAUAUUUCAUAUCAGCCAAUGGGAGGAGGUGGUACGAGAGCUUAGCAACACCACAGGGAUUUCCUGGAGGACCAUUAUGGAUUUUGCUGUUGUUAUCUUGUUGCACCUUACGGACAGCUCUGGUCUGUGA